UAUUUUACAAAAAAUGGCAGAUUUUGACACAAUCGGGUUCUAAACAAUAUGGAAAAAAAGGAAAAAGGAGACAAGAAAUGGAUAAGGCUAUCUAUGUAUCACUCCUUACAAACUCUAUCUUGUGGCGGGAACUCCAUUCUCAAUAUCACCAAUCCAUAUAUUAUACACAACUGCCCAGAUCAUACUCGAAGACCUUUUUAUGAAGAACAAAUUUGGUAGUAUGCGCUUCUUUUAAGCUAAAGAUGUUGGGGCUAAAUUUAUUAGAAAUGUUAUGAUUAUUGUAUGAUAUAAAUAAAGUAUAAGUACACCAGUAAUUUCAUACUAUUAGUUAGGUCAGGAUCAUGUCAACAAUGUCAUCCACAUUGGGUGGAUGUUGUAAAUCACCAAUUCAUCUGGGGGGAUACUGUAGAGGACAAUUGGUAUUUAGAACUUCUUUAAUGCCCAUUUUUAGAACCAGAAAUCCAAUGAUUAUUUCUAAAGGAAUUCUGAGUUUAGGUUCCCUGAUUAAUGACUCGAGUGUAAGGAAGCAGUCAUUAAUGUCUGUCGCGGGUGAAAAUGGAGGAGAUUUACUUGAGGAAGACGAAGAUGAUGAGCUCUGUCCUGUCGAGUGUGUUCGAGAAUUUAAGACGGAUGAUGAAUUCCUUAAGAUUUUAGAGAAGGCUAAGACUACAAAUGCAUUGGUUGUGGUCGACUUUUAUCGAAAUUCAUGUGGUAGUUGCAAGUACAUUGAGCAAGGAUUUGCUAAGCUUUGCAAAGCUUCUGGUGAUGAUGACGUUCCUGUCAUAUUUUUGAAGCAUAAUGUGAUUGAUGAGUAUGAUGAGCAAUCAGAGGUUGCUGAUAGACUGCGCAUCAAGACAGUGCCUCUAUUCCAUUUCUACAAAAAUGGAGUAUUGCUGGAGGCGUUUCCAACCAGAGACAAGGAGAGGAUUACAAAGGCAAUUUACAAGUAUAUGUCAUGUUCAUCUCAAGAGAGUCCAAGCUAGUUUCCUUCAACUAAUAUUAUACUAUUUUGUAUUAUUCUCUAUAUAUCUACAGAUUUGGAGAUUUUCUUGCAAAAUAAAGUCUCUUAUAUGAAGUUUACUUCAACCAAUUGAUUGAAGUCGUAUUAGAUGCCGAAUAGUUCAAUAUAUACCUUUUUGAUAAACUCGAAAAUACUAUCAACGAUAUUGCAAUUGUUAUAGUGGUUGAACUUGGUUGUCUACAAUAAAUAAUUGACAAUCAAGCCCACA